GCCAUUGGCAACAUCGAAAGUGUGUGUUUUAACGUGUGUGUUUUAAGCUGGUGAUAUCUGGUGAUAUCUUGGAAGUUUACAACGAAGUCUCGACCGGCGAACGUUCGCACGACGUAGGAGCUUCUGGAGAAGGUGUUCGGCGAGCGUCGCAGCCGCAAAUCUCAUGUAAUCGGCCGUGUUUUCGCGCGGAAGCAGCAGCACAAUGGGCCUAAUGUCGGAUCCGCUUCUGUUCGCGAUCGCGCUGCUCGACACGGGUUCCGUGCUAUUUCUCCUGGUGUAUUAUAUUAUAACAUUAUCGGAUCUUGAGUGUGAUUACCUGAAUGCGCAAGAAUGUUGUUCCAAGUUAAAUAUGGGAGUGAUGCCAAAGUUGAUAGCACAUACGUUUCUGGUGUUUCUGUUAUUGAUACACGGACAAUUUAUAUUAACACUGGUGAACAUACCAAUGACAAUUUGGUUAUUUUAUGAAUACUUUAGUGUACCCAGUGGUAAUAUGGGAGUAUAUGAUCCCACGGAGAUUCACAAUCGCAGUCAGCUGAAGAGAUACACGCGCGAUUGUAUGAUUCAUCUCGGAUAUUGUCUUGUGUUCUUCUUCAUUUAUCUUUAUUGUAUGAUUGUGGCAUUGCUCAAGGGAGAUCCGAUCAACAGGAAUGACGACACCAUUGUAGAGUUAUGAAUAUAAAAAA